AUGACAGCUCGUCGUAGAGCACCAAUUCUUGAACAAAUGGAAAAAGCUCUUAGUGUUUGGAUUGACGAUUGCUCAAAUAAACGAAUGCCACUAAACACAAAUAUUAUUAAAAAUAAAGACUUAAAAAUCUACAACUUUUUAAUAGAAAGUGGAGAAUCUGCUACUGAUCCCGAUUUUGUUGCCAGUAAAGGUUGGUUCGACCGUUCCAAAAAACGUUUUUCAUUGCAAAACCUGAAAAUACAAGGAGAGAGCACAUCUGCUGAUAGUGAAGCUGCUAAAAGUAUCCGAAAGAGUUGGAAAAAAUUAUUCAACAGGGUGGAUAUACACCACAUCAGGUUUUUAACGCAGAUGAAACCGGCAUUUGGUGGAAAAAAAAUGCCCAAAAGAACGUUUAUUUCAAAAAAAGAAAAAACUGCACCGGGUGUUAAGGUAGCAAAAGAUAGACUAACACUACUUAUGUGCAGUAACGCCUCAGGUGAUCACGUGGUUAAGCCCAUGCUAGUUUAUAAAUCCCUCAAUCAAAAACUUAAUAAAAACGCUUUACCAGUAUAUUGGGCUGCAAAUAAGAAAGCUUGGGUUACCAUUGACUUAUUUAAGAAAUGGUUCUUAAACUGUCUUCUUCCAAGCGCGGAGAAUCACUCGAAAAAUUUUAGUCACCCAAAUGUUGAAGUAAUAUUUCUACAGCCGAAUACAACUUCAUUACUUCAACCACUAGAUCAAGGUAUUAUAUCUACGUUUAAAUCUUAUUACAUAAGAACAUCUUUGCAAUGGAUUUUGAAUAAAGUUGAAGAUGAUUCUAUCGAUGUCAUGCAGGCUUGGAAACGCUUUACAAUUUUGGACUGUAUUAAUCACAUAUCUUCAUCCAUUAAGAAAUUAAAACCAUCAACAUUGAAUAGUAGUUGUUGGAAAAAUCUAUGGCCAGAGGCAGUUGAAAAGGAUAACUUAAUUGAUCCAGGUCAUAACGAAGUAUUAGAUGCAGUUGUAGAAGUUGCUAAGUCUGUAGGAGGGGAAGGUUUUGACGACAUGAAUGUCGAAGAUAUUCAAGAAUUACUGGUACAAGAAGAAAUUGAUAUGGUAAGUUUGCUGGAAAUGGCAUCAGAAACAAACACAACUGAUUUUGCUGAUGAUGACGAUGAAAACAAUACAGUGCAAGAUGUUACUGUUAUUGUAAAAGAUUUUACUGUAAAAGAAUUAUUGGAAAUACAGUACAAAUUCGAAGACUACAAGAUGUUGGCAGAGAAAAUGAUGAAAGAAGGCGUUGAAAUGUACAAAGAUGAAUUAGUUGCGUUAAAAUUUAAAUGUAGGCAGCUAAAUGAGGAGAUAGAAACUAUUUUGGAGAAGAGCCGCCUGCUGGUUUUGAUUGUUAUUUAG